CGCAAGACUGAACACAGGGGCACACUUCUAGUACUGCGUCGGUCUUCGCGUUUUCGUUCAGAGCUGUGUCUAGCUGAGGAGAUCGACAGUCUACUUUGGCGUUUUCGUCUAGAAUAACAGCGUCCGCCCUGGACUUUCACUGACGGUAUCUUCGCUUGGAUUCGCAAGCUGACACAAGAACACUUCUCGUGCUGUCUCUCGUCGACGCGUCGCGUUUUCGUUCAGAACUGUGUCUAGCUGAGAAGGUUGAAAGUCUACCUUGGCGUUUUCGUCUAAAACAGCAGUGUCCACACUGGAAGCAGUAGAAAGUCUCCCCAAUGCCGCGUUUUGAGUACAUCCGACGAUCUAUCAUAGAAUCUAGAGAGAGAUUUGCGAGGUUCAAUCGUGAAGAGGAUAACAGGAGAACACGGGAGCAGCAACCGGAGGUCGUGACAGUCGCCCGGCGGCCCACCUUCACCGGGACCACCGCGGGGCUCCGGCUGGUCGCCGCCAUCCACUUCUCCUGGGCAGAGGCGCUUCAGACUGCCUUGAGAUCUAACUUGCGACCGAGCACAGCUCCAAACCGCCAUGGAUUACAAGGGGUAUUUCUACAUCAUGAGCCGGCAGACCGGCAUGGUCCUUGACGUGUACGAGGCCAACACCGCGUCCUCCACCCCCAUCAUCGUCUAUCCCAAGAAGACCGAGGGGGCCGAGAACCAGCUCUGGAGGUACAACUCGGAGACUGGUGAACUGGAGAGUCGAUUGAACGGCUACCGUAUCGACGUGUCUGGAGGAAGUGCGUACAACAGUGCAAGCAUCAUCAACUACCCAGAGAAUAACGCCGUCAACCAGAAGUGGUACUUCAGGGAUGACGGUUCCAUUGAGAGCGGGCUGGGUAAACAGUGGGUCCUGGACGUGCAGGGGGCGGACACCAACGCCGGGACAAAGAUCAUCCUGUACGAGCGUAAGGACGGGGGACCCAGUAUCAACCAGCAAUUUGAUGUGGUGCCUUACGUGCCCGCGGACGGGUUCUUCUACAUCCGGAGCGCCCUGAACGACUGCUACCUGCAGAUCAAGGACGGCAGCGACCUGACGUCCGCUCCCAUCUGUAUCGGGAACAGGGCUGACGGGGACCGCAAGUUCCAGCGCUGGAAGUACAACAAGGAGACCAGCGCCAUCUGCAGCGAGCUGAAUGACUACGCCAUAGACGUGAGGCAGGCCAAUGCGGCCAACUCUGCCGAAAUCAUCUCUUACCCUUGCCACGGGGGCAAUAACCAAGGCUGGACCUUCGAGAAGAACGGCUCCAUCGUGAGCGGGAUGGGCUCGACCUGGGUCCUGGACGACGCUGCAGGGGGUGGGGCGGGCACUAACGUCAUCCUCUACACCUGGCAUGGCGGGAAGAACCAGCAGUGGUACAUCUCCACCGAAUAAGCCCUAGAGGGGAUCAGGCAAUCAGGCAAUGGGGUGAUGCACGGAGAAAGUAGUAUCAACCCCCGCCCCCACUGAUGGCCUGCAGAAUCAAGCUUAGCCACUAGGCGUCGCUUUGACUGCAUAGAAUAAUCUUAAUUAUUUGCAAUGGGUAUUUGAAAAUACGCAAUUUGGUGGCAGUAACGAUAUACGCCCUGUUAAAGACCAAACAAUGUCUGAAUGCCUUUCGAAAGGACUUGAUAAUGGUUAGCUUGUCGUCAGUGAAAAUCUGUAUGGAAUAAAUGGAUGAAUGAUUCUUGACUUCGUGUUUAAGACACCAUUUUAAGAUGCAAUGUGUAAUCGGCUCUUGCUGCUAUAUCUUUCAAUGACUGAAGUCUGAAGAGAUAUUUUUAGAAAAUUAAAGACUGUUAUUCAAAGAUAACCUU